AUGGCCAAUGAAACGAUGAAUCAGUUUACUGACGAUAUUUUUAGAGAGAAAAUAUUCCACUGCAAGAUUUGCGAUGAUCUUUGCACGUCCGAUAUUUUCCUGGUCAAAGGUACAGGAAACGUGUGUGGAAAAUGUUUUGAAGAAAAGUGUGGAGAGGAAAUGAAAUCAAGGGCUGAACUAAACACAGCGCUCAUCUUGAUCAUAGCCAAGCUAAUGUUACCGUGCAAGUUUAAGUCCAAGGGCUGCGAUGAAAGGGUGGACUCCAAAAGUUAUUCCCAGCACGUUGAAGGUUGCUAUUUUAAAAUGAAUCCGUGCCCGAUGAAAAGUCUUGAAGGUUGUGAUUGGAGUGGGAGCAUUUCCGAGUUUAGCGGUCAUAUUUUAAAAAAUCAUCAAGAUCAGGUGAUCAAAAGUGAAAACAAUAUUUUUAACGUUGAAACAUCUUUGGCGGAAACUUUCAACGUAAAGUUAUUAUCCGAUGAUUAUCAAAACUGCCUUUUGAGGACUUUAGUUGUUGGUGAUAAAUUGUAUUACUCCUUAACUCCACUUGGAAAAUCUGAAGAAAAUAUGGAAUAUACAGUGGUGCACAAACGUAUUCAAACAUUCACAUCCACAAAAGUAUCCAAACACUCAAACGAUUCAGUGUUAAAAACUGUAGGUACUCUAACCAAACUGAAUGGUUUUUAUGAUGAACAAAACCUGAAUAUAAACCCUAACGCGACUGUGGUAGACAUCGACUCACUGAAACAUCUUGGAGAUGAAAACAAUAUGAUUUCGAACGAAUUUAAUUUAAAUCCCAAAGGGAUAGAUGAGGAUAUACUGAAAUUGUUGGAAUGUCCCGUAUGUAUGAGCGUCAUGAGACCUCCGAUAUAUCAGUGCAAUCGUGGACAUAGCAUUUGCAUCAUAUGUCGUGGAAAAGUAAGUGCAUGUCCUACAUGCGAUGGAGAAUGGACCAAUUCCAGAAACUUCUUUAUGGAGAAUUUUACAACCAACAUAAAAUAUCCCUGCAGGUUUAAAAAAUCUGGGUGCAAAGUUACUGAAAAUGAAAGUGAAAUCAAGAAACAUGAAGAAAUUUGUUCUGUUUCUUUAAUAAGUUGUAGAUUUUAUAACUUUGGAUGCAAAGUCACUGGAGUUGAAGGUGAAAUCAAGAAACAUGAAGAAUCCUGCACGUUUAACAAAUGCAAAUGCCCAAUUUGCCCAGAAUUUGUACACACAAAUGAUAUAUCAAAACAUGUGGAAGACAAACAUAGAGAAUGCAUAAUAUCCAGAUAUAAGGACAUUAAAAAGUAUUCAAAAUGUCAUGGGUAUAGGGUAUAUGAUUCAAGAUUAUUUAGAAUAUCGUAUCAUACUGAAGAUUCAUAUGUUUAUUUUGCUGUUGAAUUGAUUUGCUCUAAUGGAGACCUCAAUGAGUAUUAUUAUGAAAUUACUUUUGAGAACAAAUAUAAUCACAACAAAAAAUCAAUGUCAUCAUCUUGUUUAAAAGAGCAGCCACUACUUCAAAUGUUUAAAAUAAAAGGGAAUGCGAAAUGCCAUGUUGAUGAUUUUCAAAAGUUUGAUAUUUCCUUCAGAAAAGUAGAUAAUUCAAAACAAAUUUAA